GGGACCACAAGCUCAUGUUUCUGUACAAGCUGGACCUUCUUCGUCGAAAGGCGGGAAGAAGAAAAAGCAAGUGCAGAAAAAGAGUGGUGGAACCAGUGGGAGCAGUGGGAGUGGUGGGAGCAAAGCAGUAGCGCCUUCUGGUGGCGUGGUGAAGCCGAAAGGCAAGUGCUUCAAGUGCAACAAGACAGGACAUUGGAAGUCAGAUUGUCUCCUCAAGGACGCUCCUAGUACGUCUCUUGCUUUAGUUGUCGAAACAUGCUUUGCGGCUUGUUCUACCAGUUCUUGGGUAGUAGAUACAGGAUCCACUGAUCAUGUUUGUUAUACUUUGCAGGGGUUUCUGCAAAGAAGGCAGCACAGUGAGGGCGAGAUUACCAUCAGCUUGGGCAACGCUGCACGAGUGGCGGUGGUUGCAGUGGGAGAUGUGCACUUGUCUUUUUCUGAUUCUAUUUUAGUAUUAAAGAACGUUUUGUACUUCUCAGGACAGGGAGACCCCCGUAUCGUUGAUGAAUGGAUUCAGGGGUUGGAGUUCAUCUUUGAGGUCAUGGAAUGCCCCGAUAGAUAUCGCGUAGUUUGCGCUCAGCUUCAGCUCACUGGUGAUGCAAGGCUCUGGUGGAACGCCUACUGGAGCAUGCGUCCCGGUGAAAAGGCGGGUUGUACAUGGGACAUGUUCAAGAAUCUAGUCCGCGACAAGUACUACCCUUCCUACUAUCGGGCAGAGAUGGAGCGCCAGUUCUUAGCGCUUCAGCAGGGCACUCGUACUGUCGAUGAGUACGAGCGAGAGUUCACCAGACUAGCAGGUUUCGCACCAGAUCUUGUUCGCACGGAGGCCCAGAGAGCGCAGCGGUUCAUUGACGGACUUUACCCAGCAGUCCGUCAUAACAUU